CUAUAUUUGGUAUAUUUCAACAAAGCUUAUUAUUAAUUAUUUAAUUUAAAUUGAUAGCAAAUAGAUUUUAUUUAACAUAAGAAAUGAAUAACAAUAUAACACCUACCAAAAAUGAUUAUUAUAACGUACCUUCGAGUCCAGUUUUCAAUCGUGUGAAAGUUAAAAAGAUGAUAAAUGAAUCACCAUCCUUACUUAAUAAGAAACAAAAAGUGCUUGAAGAUUCAGCUUGCAACAAAAUUCAGUCCGAAAUAAGCACUCAUGAGAAAAAUGCAACAAAUAUUUCAAAUGAGAUAUCUUGUGAUAAAUUGGAACAAACACAUGAUAAUAAACAAAAGAAAUAUAUGCUUUAUUCAGAGAAAUCUAAAAAGAAUAAUAGUCGAGAUAAGAUCAGUAUUAAGAAAAACAUUUUAUCAUAUGCAAAAUGCUUAGAGAGUUUAAAUAAGACUGAAAGACAAUCAAGAAUGAAAGCCAAACAAUUACUAUCUCAAGGACUUCAAACAUUUUCUGCUCUUGAAAAUAUUGAACAAACAUCUCAAAGUAAAGAAUUAACCUUAAGUAGUUCUUUAACGGAUAGUGAGCUUAUAACAGCAAACGAUCUAUUGCAAGAUUUUGAAACAAAAGCUAUAGAUUUCAGCCAAUGGACAGGUAAUACAGAAUUUGUGCAUACAUCGCCAAAAUCAUGUAUUUUUCAAGAACAAACUAACAAUGAAAAAAACAAUAUUUCAAAAAAGAACUGUUUUCGAUCUGGUAGUGGUAAAACAAUUCCCAUUUCUCAAAAUGCUCUAGAAAAAUCCAGAAAACUUUUUGAGGACGAUGAAAUUUCAGCUAAAGAUGAAAACUCUACCAAAGAUAGAGACAAAAUUUGUCCUUUUGUUGGUUUUCACACAGGUAGUGGUAAACAGAUUCCGAUUUCACAAAAUGCUUUAACAAAAUGUAGAAAACUCUUUGAAGACAAUGAAGUUGCUGAUAAAGAAUAUGAAAACUGUACUAAAGAAGCAAAUAGGGACAAAAUUAGUUCUUUUGUUGGUUUCCAGUCUGGUAGCGGUAAACAGAUUCCCAUUUCACAAAAUGCUUUAGCAAAAUCUAGAAAACUCUUUGAGGACAGUGAAAUUUCUGAUAAAGAAUAUGAAAAUUUUACCAAAGAAGCAAAUGGGACAAAAAUUGUUGGUUUCCAGUCUGAUAGUGGUCAAAAGAUUCAGAUAUCACAAAAUGCUUUAGAGAAAUCAGAAAACUCUUUCAGACAAUGA